GAAUCAUCUUAGUCAACUUCAUAAUCUCUUGAAAUGAAACGACUUUUGCAUCUCAUUCCUAUAUUGCUGGUUCGACAUGAAGGCAUUUCAGUGCUCACAGCCAGGGAAUAAACAAACUAUCGUUAAACCAUAACGGCCAGCCCGUUAUCGCAUGGUAGUUGGUAGAAGAAAUAAAAGGACCACUCCCCCUUGGUCUUCUUUUUUUUACUUCCGGGAAUAACAAAAUCCGAUCAUGUGAAAUACAAGUCGAUAGUUGACACGAUGUCGGCUGAAUAAUUGAAAUGUUGCAAGCCUCUAUGUUCUAGAUGGAUAAUGCCUGGAUCUUAUUUUCUACAUUUUACAUCGAAGCAUGAUAUAUGCCUAUUCACGUUAUGUGGUGGGAAUGAAAAAUGGGGAAUUGUAUUCAUAGAUGUUUUGGUGUCAUAGACAGAAGGAGAAGGUACCUUCGAUCUAAGUAUGCAGCAGAGAAAGAUUUUUCAAUUGAGUUCGAGAAUCUCAUGGACGAGGAGCCUCCUCGAGAUGAGAUGACAAGAUUGUUGACGGACAGAGAGAGGCAGUUACUGAGCACAAGGCAGUUUGAUGUCUUAAUUCAUGAACAGCGCAGGGUUGAUGCUGACGUAGAGACAAAGCUAGCACAACAGGAGCAGGAGAUAGAGCGGGAAGAGGAGGAGUAUUAUGAAGCCAAGCGCGAGGCGGCCAGAAUAGCCAAGCUGAACAAGGACAAAGAGCUGGCUUCCAAGAGCAAUCCGGCCAACAGAGGAUGGGUGAAUGAGGACGAGUGGGAAGUUGCUGGAGCGGAAGACGACUUUGAAAAUUUCCUGGCAAGUGUUAAAGCCAGGUCUCUUGCCACGAUAUCUCAGGUGAAAAAUGGUUCAGGGGAUGCACAGAGUACCACAAGCAGUAAUGCUCAUACCAAAGACAAGAGCUUAACAGAGGGUAGCUCAUUGGACAUGGAGUGGGAUCAUGAAGCAGGUAUGUCUCCACAACGAAAACUUGCAGCCCGAGUGUCAGAAGACAGCUGGUCGAAGCCUUCCACGACAAGCCCUAUUCACUCGAGUGAUUUGGAGUGGGACCCAGAUUUCGUCAGUGCCGAUGAUGGUGAAAGGAUCCAGUUGAUCAGUGCAGCAUCGAAACAAGCUGGUGUGUCCAGUAGAUGAUUAGCACUAGGUUAAUGUCAGUUUGUGUGGUUGCAGUCUUUAUGUUUAAUAUUUUUAAAAAGCCUGAAGAUUGUGAGUUCUGAGGUAGAUUACAAGACUUUUUUUUUUUAAGGGACAUAAUUGACAUUUUACAAGGGAGGGGAGGCCAGUGGAAUAUAUAAA